CCCGGUUAACCGAGGGAGUGAGAGUACCUGCUACUUCAGUCGAGCAAAUUCUGGUAGGGUUUACAGAAUUCCAGAUUUCCAAACACUUUGCAUCAUCGUGUUAACGUGUUAGGGUUCUUCGAAAAAUUACACUAGAAAAAGCUCAAUAUAGAUCCAGCAACAAUCAGGAUCUUGUUCGAUGUCGCUUGGUUCACAAACGCCUGAUAUUCUCGGGGAUCGUCAAUACGGUCAAGAUGUUCGCACCCAAAACAUUACAGCUUGUCAAUCUGUUUCAAAUAUAGUGAAGACUUCACUAGGUCCCGUUGGACUUGACAAGAUGUUGGUUGAUGAUAUUGGUGAUGUAACCCUCACAAAUGAUGGUGCCACAAUUCUCAAAAUGUUGGAUGUUGAACAUCCAGCUGCCAAGGUACUUGUUGAAUUGGCUGAGCUUCAAGAUAGAGAGGUAGGAGAUGGAACUACUUCUGUUGUCAUCAUAGCAGCUGAGUUACUUAAGAGAGCAAAUGAUCUUGUCAAAAAUAAGAUUCACCCAACAUCUAUAAUUAGUGGAUACCGACUUGCAAUGAAAAAAGCAUGCGAAUAUGUUGAUGAAAAGCUUGCAGUCAAGGUUGAGAAGCUUGGAAAAGAUUCUCUUAUAAACUGUGCAAAAACAAGCAUGUCCUCAAAAUUGUUAUCCAGUGACAGUGACUUCUUUGCCAAUUUGGUUGUUGAAGCAGUACAAUCCGUUAAAAUGACAAAUUCCUCCGGUAAAAUUCGGUACCCAAUCAAGGGAAUAAAUAUCCUUAAAGCACAUGGUAAAAGUGCAAAAGAAAGCUACUUAUUAAAAGGGUAUGCACUUAACACUGGGCGUGCAUCUCAAGGAAUGCCAAUGAAAGUUUCUCAUGCAAAAAUUGCGUGUCUUGAUUUUAAUCUUCAAAAAACAAAAAUGCAAUUAGGAGUUCAAGUUUUAGUCACGGACCCACGUGAGCUGGAGAAGAUUCGUCUCAGAGAAGCUGAUGUGACAAAAGAACGUAUUCAGAAGCUUCUGAAAGCUGGAGCUAAUGUUGUCUUGACAACAAAGGGGAUUGAUGACAUGGCACUCAAGUAUUUUGUGGAGGCUGGUGCAAUUGCUGUUAGACGUGUGAGGAAGGAGGAUUUACGCCACGUGGCAAAGGCAACCGGUGCAACUGUGGUUUCAACAUUUGCUGACAUGGAAGGAGAGGAAACAUAUGACUCAUCGUUUCUUGGACAUGCAGAUGAAGUGGUGGAAGAACACAUUGCAGAUGAUGACGUCAUCAUGAUAAAAGGAACCAAAACAACAAGUGCAGUUACUUUGAUACUAAGAGGUGCUAAUGACUUCAUGCUUGAUGAAAUGGAUAGAGCUUUACAUGAUGCUUUAUGUAUUGUCAAAAGAACCCUAGAAUCUAACACAGUUGUUGCAGGAGGAGGUGCAGUUGAAGCUGCUUUAUCUGUGUUUUUGGAGUAUUUUGCUACAACUUUAGGAUCUCGAGAACAAUUAGCAAUUGCAGAAUUUGCUGAAGCUUUAUUGAUUAUUCCAAAGAUUCUUGCUGUGAAUGCUGCAAAGGAUGCAACUGAUUUAGUAGCCCAACUGCGCGCGUGUCAUAAUACUGCACAAACUAAUGCAGAUAGGAAGCAUCUAUCAAACAUGGGAUUGGAUCUAAUAAAGGGAACCACUCGUAAUAACAUGGAAGCUGGUGUGAUUGAACCUGCAAUGAGCAAAAUCAAGAUACUUCAGUUUGCAACUGAAGCAGCUAUAACAAUACUUCGAAUUGAUGACAUGAUCAGACUUGCAAAGGACGAGAGUGAAGAUGGUCAAAAUUAAAUCAUUUUUUUUUUUUUGUGUGUGUAUUAAAAAUAAGUCAAAAUUUUGGUUAGAUGUUGGAAUCAUCAAUAUCAACAUUGUUGUUGGUGGAAAUUGGAAAGAAUAGCUUUUGUGAAUUGCACAACUUUUAACAAGUGUUUGAUGAAUAUUUUUGUUUGGUGUUAAAUGCAAAGUGAUGGCGUUUUGAA